AUGUUUGUCUUAGCCUCACUUGGCAGUUGGUUGCCAUUUGCUAUUGUUGCUUUAUUUAUUAUAUUUUUUUCGAUAACAUUCACAUUACGUUAUCAACUAAAACGAAAGAGAGAUUAUUUGGUUACAUUUGUUUGUUCGGUUUCACUAAUUAUUGCUUUAUUGACAGCAUCAUUAUUACCAACAGAUGUUAUGCUUGUAUCAUUUAUGAAAAACCCCAAUGGAACAUUUAAAGAAUGGACACAAAAUCAAACAACUAGAGAUCAUAUUCAAAAAUAUGUUGAGAUCGGAUAUUACGUUUUAUAUGGUCUUGUUAUUGCAAUGGCUUUUCUUGUCAAUCCAUUUCUUUUCUUCUAUUAUGAAGAAAGAGAAGAACAAGGAGAAAAAAUAUCCAAAAGAAUUUGUGCAGCACUAAAAUGGACGGCUGGAUUUAUAAUUUUUCUUAUAUUUUUAAUUAUACUUGGAAUAUUUGUUCCACAAUUAGCUACAUUACCAUCGGAUAAUUCAACAAGUGAAUGGGAAAAUAUUAAAUAUUUAAUAAAUCAUUUUGAUAGUUCAAGAGUGGAAGAUUCAAUAUCAUUUGCAAUAUUUACAUUAAGUAUUAUUGGAUUUUUUCUUUUAACAAUUUAUACAGGUUAUGGUUCAAUUGCUUGUCCAUUAUCUUUAAUUCGUGGUAAACGAAGUGCACGAUUACAACAACAAUCUAUAGAAGAACAACGUGCAGAUAUUCAAAAUCAAAUACAAACAAUAAAAACUCGAUAUCCACGUUCUGCUAAAAUGCCAUCUCGUGAUAAACGUAGAUUAGAGGAUCUUGAACAAAAAGAAGCAACAUUAAGUCGUAAUGCAGAAUCAAUUAAAGUUGUACGUCGAAGUUUAUUUUUUAAAUGUCGCUUUAUUUAUCGACCUGUACAAAUAAUUUUUGGUGUUUUAUUACUUUUAUUAGCUAUACUUAUAUUUAUAUCACUAUUAUUAAGUAAUAUUAAUAAAUGUAUACAUUUUGUAAGUUUUAAACAAAUAUUUGCACAAGGAAAUAAAACAUUACCAAAUCCAAUUGAUAUUAUUAUAACAUGGACAGGAAAAUUUUAUCCAGUGAGUUAUGUUGUUCUAUCUCUUCUGUUGGUUUAUAUCAUUCUAACAUCACUUUAUGGUUUACAACAACUUGGUAUUUGGUAUUUUUGGGUUCGAAUGUAUCGAUUUUCUCGUGGGCGAACUAAACCACAAGCUAUAUUAAUGCUUUCAUCAUUAAUGAUGUUUAUUGUUGUGGCGAUUAAUGCUUUUGUUUAUCUUCUUAUACCUCAAUAUUCAAUUUAUGGUGAUCAACAUUACUCUGUGGUAAACUCAACAGUGAUUACUCAACCAUGUACACAAUAUAUUACAACAGAUCAAUGUGAAAUGACCGUAAUGGGUCGUAUAAUACUUCGAUUUUUCUAUAAAGUUUGGUUUUUUGGAGCUGUUUAUUUUUUCCUUAGUUGGCUAUUUCUUAUUGUUUUUAUCCUAAGUUGUAUAGUGAAAAUAGUUCGUAAUCGAGAAUCAAAUAUUCAAGAAUUUACAGUUGAACGUUUCUUAGAAGAUGAUGAUGAAAAUGAUCCAUUAAUUCAAUAA